AUGGUGGUCACUCAAAUUACGGUACCUGUGGAGUUUGUGUACGUCGUCGGAGCCGCGAUGCUCUCGGCGUUCGUGGUGGUUGGAGCUGCGAUUUAUAAAAUGCGCAAGCCGGUUGAUAUUGACGAGUUGGAUUGUGAGCAGACCGCCCGUCUGUUCCGACCAGAAGUGUUGGCGCCCACUUUGCAGGUGGAUACGGAGUCGAGGAAGGUUCAACCUUCGUUGAAGGCUAGACUCUCACAGUCCAUCAAUCCAUGGAAGACAUCGAUCAUCGACCAACUCCGUCCAGAAGUGGUCAGUGAGUACCGUGGAAGGAUCAACUUCUCGGUGGCGUUCGAGAAGGAAUGCUCGACACUCCAUGUGCAUUUGAUGGAGGCCGUCGACCUACCGGUCAAGGAUUUUACAGGCUCCUCGGACCCAUAUGUCCGCGCCUUCCUUCUCCAGGACCCUGGACAAAGUGAACGGAGCAAGGUUCACAGGAGGAACUUGAACCCCACCUUCAAUGAGACGUUGUCAUUUAGAGGACACUCGAUGAAAAAACUGCACGACAUGACGCUAGUGCUCCAGGUGAUGGACUACGAUCGCUUCUCAUCAGACGACCCGAUUGGAGAGAUUCUGCUGCCACUGAAGCACGUGAAGUUUGAGAAUAGCCCCGUCUACUGGAAACACUUGCAACGGCCCACUGUUUCGAAAGACGCCUGCGGAGAAAUUAUGAUCUCCUUGUGCUACUUGCCAACAUCCGGAAAGAUUACUGUAUCCAUCAUCAAGGCUCGCGAUCUCCACUCCAAGGAUCGUACUCGGCAUUAUGACACCUACGUAAAAAUGUGGAUGGUCCAACAAGGCAACAAACUGGAGAAACGCAAGACCUCCGUCAAACCACACACCCCAUCCCCCAUCUUCAAUGAGUCCUUUGCUUUCUCGAUCCCCGUCAAAAACGUACUUUUGGCUGAAGUCAACCUGGUACUAACUGCAAUGGAAUACGAUGUCAUUGGAUCCAACGAAGAGAUCGGUCACGUCAUCGUCGGUGGCCUAGGAUCCGAACACGGCCAGCGGCACUGGAGUGAAUGUAUCAAUCAUCCGGAACAACCGGUCGCCAUGUGGCACAAGUUGUGUCCGAAGUGGUGA